UCAAAGUUUAUUCUGGGUUCUAUAUUUUGAAUCCAAAAAGGGGUCUCUGAUGUCGGCUCCACUUCCUCCUCCUCCUCCUCCUCCUCCACCACCACCACCUCUCCCAUCAUCCACAAACCCUAAGGCACCUUUGAAGCUAAGGGUUAGAACGUAUGGCUCCAAGCAGUUCUUUCACACUCCGAAACCGACCCCCGGACCCGCACCGACUGGGGCUUAUUUUUGCUACGGCACCUUGACAGACCCAUCCAUGCUUCGCGAAAUCCUAGGACUGCCAGACGAACCCGAGCUUCGACCGGCCUACAUAAUAGGCUAUAAAUGCAAGCUUUGGAGCCAAUAUCCGGCCUUGUUAAAAGCAGAUGGUGAGUCGAUGGUCAAGGGUGCUGUGUACAAUGUCCAGACGGUGGAGCAGGGGGAGAGGUUAGCAGAGUAUGAAACAAAUAACUACCGUGCUGAUGCGUGUCAUAUUUUCUAUUUGGAUGACAAGGAUCCUGUGCAGGAAGAUGGAUAUACGUUUAAGUUCGUGGGGAACGAAAAAGAUUUGACUAAUGGUCAAUUUGACCUCCGGGCUUGGCUGAACAGAAUUGGUAGAUGCGAAGCUAUGGAGAAAUGAUAUGGAAAAGUUGCGACAUGUGAUUGAAUGGUGUUAUUCAACAUAUGUAUGUUCAACCUCUUUUCACAUUUUUACCGAGGAGAAAGGAAUGAUAAACUACCUGUAGCUUAAUUUCAACAAAUCUAUCCUCUUGAUCUAGGUUACAAAAUGAAUCACACCAGUCUCCAUUCCCAAAUCGCUACUUCUCUACACCAACUACUUUUGUAACUGCAAGAGCGUCCUAGAAAGAUUUUGUUAGUAUUGUGAUAAUACGAAAACUCUGGGGCAGAUUGAUUGGGG